CCCAUUUGCACCCCAAUAAUCUGUCCGAUUCUUGUUUUUCUCUUUUAAUCCGACAUCGGAUUUUGAUUUGGUUUUGAAUUUUUGAACGUUAUGGGGACCUGUUUGAGCAAAAAAAGUGUCUGCGCGACUGCUCCGGUGACCGCUCCGGUGGCGGAUCCGGCGCCGGCGGAGAGUCAGACGGCGGAAGAGCAAGGGCUUAUCAAGAAGGAGAUUUUUGUAAUUAAACACCGGACGAGCCACGAGAUUGAGCGGCGGAAGGCGGAGGAGGAAAAGGGGGAAGGCGGCGGCGCGGAGGAAGUCGCCGGGAAAUGCGAAUCUGGAAGCUCCGGCAACGCAGCACCGCCCGUCGGCGGAGGGGCGGCGGUGGUGAGGAGCUCCAGCUGCACGAAAGAAGAAGUCGACGCUAUUUUGAUUCAAUGCGGGCGGCUCAGCCGCUCGGCCUCCGCCGGAAAACCCGGCCAGUCGUCGGAAAUCGGCGGCCGGAAGUACUCCGGUUCAAAGCGUAGCUUCGACUUCGACAACGACACCGGAAAAUCCGACGGCAACACCGGCGACGACGAGAGGGAGCUCCGCCGCCGCGAGCGCCACCGCCACUCCCCCUCUCGGCGGCGGACGCCGAGCCGGGAGAGAGAUCGCGACCCGACCCGGUCCACCAGCCGGGAACGAACCGGAAACGGCGGCCGGAGGGUGAGCAGAUCCCCCGGCCGGAGAUCUGAAUCCCCAAACUCAUCCAAACCUAAUUCCGAACCUAACCCCAACGCUAACUCCAAACCUAGCAAAAUGGUCUCCGUCCCCGCCACCGUCCCGCCGCCCGCCGCCGCCGCAGAUCCCAAUUCCUCCACCGCCAUUAAAAGGAUCCAAGUCAAGAGAAACGCCGCCACGUCGCCGCGAGCCCGAUCGCCGGCGAGAACCCUCAGCCGAAGCAAUUCUCGUAAAACCGAUAACUCUCCUUACCGGCGGAACCCUCUCGCUGAAAUCGACAACAACGUUAGCUCACAGAACUGCAGAAAAACCUCAAAGCUCGAAGAACCUGUCCAUGGCCAAACCUUCGUCCUGUCCGAAAACCUAGCAAUGAACGUGAUUCCAUCCUCAGGAAUCAGAUCCUCCAGGCAAUCUCGCGAUUUCGACAACAACAACGAUGCAAUACCAAAUCCAAAUCCAAAUCCAAAUGUUACAUCGUCCUACACAGCGUUAUUACUAGAAGACAUCCAGAACUUCCACCAGAAGAAGAAUUCCAACAAUUCGCCGGCGCCGGAGCUGCCGGCUUGCGUGGUGAAAGCUCAGUCGAUCCUCGAAGCCGUAGCCGAUCUCAAUAUGAUCGGCGGCGAAAACAGGGGAAGUAGCAGAAUCAGGCAGCAUCCUGUAAUGGAGUCCGAGGUUGUCGGAGACGAGGAUGAUCUAACACAACCGAGCUUCCAUAAGUACGUGACGGUGAGGCGGGGCACCGCCGCCGACACUGCCGCCACGGAGGAGCAGCAGGAAUCUUCCGGCAGCAAUAGCCUGCAGCAGCAGCAAUGGUUGUCGUCAUCGUCGUUGUCCGGCUGGGAGCCGAAUUCAGCCGAGUCGACCGACCGGUGGACGUGCUCGUCUUCGUCGAGAGCUGUCGGAAAACAGAGCUCCGUUGCUGCUGCUCCGGUGACGUCAGAAUCCGGCAAUGGCGCGAAACGAGGGACGAAGAAAAGGGAAUAUUCCGAUCAUCAGAAUGGAAUCGGGCGCGGCAGAGUAGCGUCGCGGGGAUCGCACGCCGCCGCCGCAUCGACUUGAAAAAGUGUUGCUAUUUGUUGUGUUGUAGUUAAUGUUGUUCUGUUGAUUGUGUUUCCCUUAAUUUCGUGAAAUCAGUUCAUUCCUUGUUAACGGGGAAACAUUUUUAUUA